AUGUUUAGAAUAAGACGUUCUAACUGGAAAACUUUACAUGAUUCUACUUACCUUCUUUUACAACAAAAAAACAUUUCACAACAAAAUAAUUCAAGAAAUGUUCCAGAAUAUAGAAUAAUCACUAAAAUCGCUGGUAAUGAUGAUCUAAAUCAAAUUCGAUUAGAAUUUGAUUCAUUACUUCAUGAUAUAGAGCAUGAAAUGGAGGGUAAAAUCACAUCAAAAAAAAUACUUAAACAUGUAAAAGAUUGGUCAAGAGGUGAAAAUAAUUCUUUUGAAGAUGAUGGUGGAUACGCAACAGAUGCUUCUAUAUCACCAGAAGAUGGAAAUACAUCAGCAAAUGAAGAUUAUAAUGAUCCAUAUCUCUUGGCACCUCAUGAAAUUGUUAAUUCUUCCUCCUCUUCAACAAAAGAAGACGAUAGUCAUCAACAGUCAUCACAAAUUACACCAUCACAUGAUCAAUUAGAUUUUACAAUUAAUCAACAUAGUAGCAAUUCAAACUCAAAUUCUGAUUAUUCAGAUGGUGAAGAAGAUCAAAAUAACAACAAUGUGUCUAUUGGUAAUAUUGCUCCACUAGAGGAAUUGUUAACAAUUGGUACAUCUAUGCUUGACUCAUUCAUGAAUUGGAUAGAAGGUCCACCAAUAACUGAUAGAAAAGUUAGCAGUAAUGUGGCUUCUUUACCACCAAAAAAUACCAAUAAUAACCCCAACUCAUCAAAUAAUAAAAAUCAAACAAUACUUGAUAUCCCAAUGCAAUUCAUUGAUUUGUUAACUUAUCCCGAUAUUGAUCCAAAAGCAUCAAAACCUUCUUUUGCAGUUCUUAGAGAAAUAUCAUUCGUAAAACAAAGGAGAAGAACAUUAAUCAUAGUUACAAUUUCUAUUAUUAUAAUAAGAUAUUGUUCAUUUGAUUUAUUUCUAAUAAUAUUGUUUGCAUGUAAUUGUACAAUGUUAUUCUUGAUGAAAAAUUCUGGCAAAGUUAAUGUUACUAUGGCAAAAAGAGCUGUAAGACAAAGAAUAGGUUGGGCAAAACAGUGGGCAGCAACUUCGUAUACUGCUGUGAUGACAAAAUCGUCUUCACAAGAUGCAAUUCAAAGUGGUAGUAUGAGUGAUACUUCUUAUGGUGGGAAUGUGCCAACAAAAUUUCCACCAAAGCGUGGAGGAUUUUUUCACUCGCCAUUGCCACCGCCUAUAUUAAAUAGUAGUUCAAAUGUUGAUUUAGUUGGAUCAUCUAAUUUAUCUUUAAAUUCUGGUCCAUUAUUAGGUACAGCAUCGUCAUCGUCAACAGCAAUAACAAAUCAAUCAAACACACUAAUACCUAUAUCACCAACAAUCAUUGGUUCUUUAAAUGAUUCAUCAUCAACAACAAAUUCAACGACGAAUAAUGCAUCAUUAGAAAAAUCAACUUCUAAAAGAAAAUUCUUUGCAAAACAUUCAGUCGUUGUUGCUACUACUCCAACAACCGAUACAAAUAAAUCCCCUCAUAAUAGUCAUCACCACCAUUAUAACAACAUUACAACAAAUUCCUCGAAUAUUAAUAACCCAAGUAAUGAACUACCUGAAAUAAAACCAUCCGCAAAUGAUCUUAUGGAAGUAAUUAAUGUAGUAGAUGAAAACUUAAACCACAAUAAAUUUGCUUUUAAGAACAGUAAUUAUAAUGGUAAUAUCUACGAUUAUGAUGACAGGAUUCCAGCUUCUAAUUAA